GUCUUGGAGUGCAUCCCUCAUAGAGCCUGAGCCUGAAGCCGGCAAUGACAAGUCUGAAUGGUCGCCAUGCCAAGAAAACCAUUGACAUGCCAAAACCAUCAGCCCCCAAAGUGCACGUGCAGAGGUCCGUGUCCCGAGACACCAUCGCCAUUCACUUCUCGGCAUCCAGGGAGGAGGAGGAGGAAGAGGAGGAGGAGUUGAGGGAGUACCUCGAGGAGGGGCUGGACGACCAAAGCAUUGUAACAGGGCUCGAAGCCAAGGAAGACCUCUACUUUGAGACUCAGGGUGGCCAUGACCCUGCUGGCCCUGCCGCCUCGCCCCUCCUGGCAGAUGGAUGGUCUGUGUCGCAGGCCUCUGCCAUUUUGCCCGUUUCCGAGAACACUGUAAAGCUGUUGGAGUCCCCUCCUCCGGCAGCACAAGUAUUAAGUACAGUGCCACUGGCUCUGUCCCCAGGGUCGUCUUCAUCAGGACCCUUAGCUAGCUCUCCCAGUGUGUCAUCCCUUUCGGAGCAGAAAACCAGUUCCUCCUCCCCGCUGUCUUCCCCUUCCAAGUCUCCCGUGCUCUCAUCCAGUGCCUCGUCCUCCGCCCUUUCCAGUGCAAAACCCUUCAUGAGCCUUGUGAAGUCCCUGUCAACCGAGGUGGAGCCAAAAGAGUCCCCGCACCCUCCGAGGCACAGGCACUUGAUGAAGACAUUGGUCAAGUCUCUGUCCACAGACACCUCGAGGCAGGAGUUGGACACCGUUUCCUAUAAACCACCGGACUCCAAACUGAACUUACACCUGUUCAAGCAGUUCACACAGCCGCGAAACACAGGUGGAGACUCCAAAACUGCACCUUCUUCCCCGCUCACGUCCCCCUCUGACACUCGCUCCUUUUUUAAAGUGCCCGAAAUGGAGGCUAAAAUUGAAGACACUAAACGACGCCUUUCAGAAGUCAUAUAUGAGCCUUUUCAGCUCCUUAGUAAAAUUAUAGGGGAAGAAAGUGGCAGCCAUAGGCCCAAAGCCUUAUCUUCAAGUGCUUCAGAACUCUCCAAUCUGUCCAGCUUGAAUGGGCACUUGGAAAGCAAUAACAACUACAGCAUCAAGGAAGAGGAGUGUGAUUCUGAGGGGGAUGGCUACGGAAGUGAUUCCAAUGUCCCCAGAGGUGACCACUCAAAAUCCCCUGAGGAGCCCGCAAGAGAGGGGGAACUGAAGAGUUCCCAGGUGAGCAGUCUGAAGGAUUUAGGCCUGAAGACAAGUUCUCUAGUUCUUGAGAAAUGUUCUUUGUCUGCCUUAGUGAGCAAGGAAGAUGAAGAGUUUUGUGAACUGUAUACUGAGGACUUUGAUUUGGAAACAGAGGGGGAGAGUAAAGUUGACAAGCCCCCAGACAUCCCUCUCAAGCCAGAGGUGCUUGCAGAGGACGGUAUGGUUCUUGACAGUGAGGACGAGGUGGACUUGGCCGUGCGGCACCCGGACUUACCAGUGAAGACAUUGGGCUUCUUUAUAAUGUGUGUCUAUGCGUACCUCAUCCUCCCCCUCCCCCACUAUGUGAGUGGACUCUGCCUGGGCAUUGGCCUGGGAUUCAUGACUGCCGUGUGCAUGAUUUGGUUUUUUACACCACCAAGUGCUCAUAAAUAUCACAAGUUACAUAAAAGUCUGCAACACUGGAACACAAGAUCUCUGGAUAUCAAAGAACCUGAAAUACUGAAGGGAUGGAUGAAUGAGAUUUACAGCUAUGAUCCAGAGACGUACCAUGCAACUUUGACACAUUCAGUCUUUGUUCGACUUGAGGGUGGAACCUUAAGACUUUCAAAGCCCAAUAAAAAUAUAUCCAGGAGGGCGAGCUACAAUGAAGCAAAGCCAGAGGUCACCUACAUCAGCCAGAAGAUCUAUGACCUCUCGGACAGCAAGAUUUAUCUUGUACCUAAGAGUUUGGCUCGGAAACGAAUCUGGAAUAAAAAGUACCCCAUCUGUAUUGAGCUUGGUCGACAAGAUGACUUUAUGGCUAAGGCUCAGACUGAUAAGGAGACUUCUGAAGAUAAGCCACCAGCUGAGAGAGAGCUGGGAAGUGAGGACCCUAAGAAGCCACCUCAUUCUCAAGAGGGAACACGAUCUGGCCCAAGAGAUCAGAUACUAUAUCUCUUUGGGAGAACUGGCCGAGAAAAAGAGGAGUGGUUUAGGAGAUUUAUUCUGGCAUCUAAGCUGAAGUCAGAAAUCAAGAAGCCACCUGGCAUCUCUGGAAGUAAACCAGGGAUUUUGCCGGCACAUAGCAGGCACAACAGUCCCUCCGGGCACCUGACCCACAGCCGCAGCAGCAGCAAAGGCAGCGUGGAGGAGGUCAUGUCCCAGCCGAAGCAGAAGGAGCUGGUGGGCAGCGUGCGGCAGAAGAUGCUUCUAGACUACAGCGUGUACAUGGGCAGGUGUGUCCCCCAGGAAAACCGAAGCCCUCAGAGGAGCCCAGUGCAGAGUGCUGAGAGCAGCCCCACAGCUGGCAAGAAGUUGCCAGAGGCUCCACCCUCUGAGGAGGAAGAACAGGAAGCCUGGGUGAACGCUUUGCUUGGAAGAAUAUUUUGGGACUUCUUGGGAGAGAAAUACUGGUCUGAUCUGGUGUCUAAGAAGAUCCAAAUGAAACUCAGCAAAAUAAAGCUCCCCUACUUUAUGAACGAGCUAACGCUGACGGAACUCGACAUGGGAGUGGCUGUGCCAAAAAUCCUUCAGGCCUUCAAGCCUUACGUUGAUCACCAAGGACUCUGGAUCGAUUUGGAAAUGUCCUACAAUGGGUCCUUUCUGAUGACUCUCGAGACCAAAAUGAAUUUGACCAAACUAGGUAAAGAGCCUCUUGUUGAAGCCCUGAAGGUUGGAGAAAUUGGCAAAGAAGGUUGCAGGCCCAGGGCAUACUGUCUGGCUGACAGCGAUGAAGAAUCCUCCAGUGCCGGCUCCUCCGAGGAAGAUGAUGCUCCAGAGCCUACUGGGGGAGACAAGCAGCUCCUCCCGGGGGCUGAGGGGUACGUUGGCGGUCAUCGAACAAGUAAGAUUAUGAGGUUCGUUGAUAAAAUUACCAAGUCAAAAUAUUUCCAGAAAGCAACAGAGACAGAGUUCAUCAAAAAGAAGAUCGAAGAAGUCUCCAAUACACCCCUGCUGCUAACUGUUGAAGUUCAAGAAUGUAGAGGAACCUUGGCUGUCAACAUUCCGCCACCCCCGACUGACCGAAUCUGGUAUGGUUUCCGGAAACCACCAUAUGUGGAGCUGAAAGCUCGGCCAAAACUUGGAGAGAGAGAAGUGACUUUAGUUCAUGUGACAGACUGGAUAGAGAAGAAACUGGAGCAAGAGUUUCAGAAAGUUUUUGUCAUGCCAAACAUGGAUGAUGUUUAUAUCCCUCUAAUGCACUCAGCCAUGGACCCUCGCUCCACUUCCUGCCUCCUGAAAGACCCACUUGGGGAGGCUGCUGAUCAGCUGUGAUGAAGGUCUGACACACUCCCAGGACUGUGAGGUCUAGCCCAAGGUUCUUGGCUGCCACGUGUGUUGUCGCACUGGCUCACUUGUGCCACAGCUACUGUUUCUUCAAGGACUGCUUCUGCCCUCUGCCUGCUGGUGCCCAUUCCACUGUGAGGUGUUCCCUACAUCCAGCGAAGGUGUUUGGAUUGUCUGCUGCAAAGUUUUGACUUGGCAAAGGAGCCUAGAAUUAUCAUGGUGGAUCCGGAAGUUACAGGUGACUCACACCGUGGCUUUUUAAAGCCAACCAGUUUUUGUGGCAGCAAGCGAGCACAUUCAGAGCAAAGCUGCACAACUGGAAGGCUGCCCCUUGCCUCUUCAACUCCAAAGCUUUUCCUCAGGCAUCCGGUGCACAACAGAACAUGUUUCCAUUUCUGUACUUUUAAUGCAUAAUUGCAUCUCUCCACACUCAGUCAGUGCCCCUGUGGUAGUGUGUGUGGAGGGCAGGGAGUGAGAUUUUGUGAGCCAUUUCAUUGGUGGUAAAGACAGGCAUAGACAUACUUUCCUUUUCUCAUAUUGUGCAUUUUGGAAGCAAGUAGCCAUAUACACACACACAGUCAGCUGAGGUGGGGACAGUGGGACUUCUGUGAACUAGUGAGAACACUAGGCUAAGCCACGAGAUCAAACCAUCCCAAGCCUUUUCCCAACGACGUACAAUCACCUGGUUUCUAACUAUCCCAAGCACAUGUGAGAAUGUUAAACCUGCAGGACUGGACUGCCCCUCUCACAUAGACAGGGCGGGGCCAGAGAGCCAGAGCCAGUCUCUCCAACUGGCGUUUCCUGUGUGUUCCAGGAAGUUUUAUACAGGAAUCUAAAUGCUUUGUUAAUAAUUGGCUUGGGAGUUUUGUGGGCAGAUUCGUCUUCUGGCGGCCAAAAUGGAGUACUGCUAAUUGUUGCAAGCCAAGACAAAAAGUUUGCUCUACAUCAAACACUACAUCAUAUCUUGAAAGUAACUUGUGACCUUUCUUUAAUGUUGCCAACUUAAUUUUGUGCAUUUGUGUCAGAAUGUUUAGUUUACAACUUUGGGGGCCCUUUCUCUAAUUGUAUAAUUUGCUUCAAGAAGUAAAACUUAACAAUUUUUUAUUGUUGAAAGCUGUAUUCAAUGUCAAAAUUACCUUGGGUAACUUUUGAUAACUUACAUCUGUGGACGAAGCUAAUAGUGUUUUUUUAAAUAGUACCUUGCUUGAACAUGACUUUAAAAGAAAUUAAUAUAUUGAACAAUUAUUUGAACCUUGAUUAUUUUACUUGCACCAUUAAAACAUUUGACUAAGUUAUUUGACCAUUCCAGUCGGUGUACUGUUCUAAUUUCUCGUGGAGGCCUAUCUGCCUGUCAAGAGUCCGCAUGUCUUGUUCACUGGUCUUUAUCAUUUUUGUGCAAUAACUAAAGGCAAAGGACUAGAUGCACUACUGUGUAGAGGUUACACGACUGUACCCUGUUGCACUUAAUCAAAUAGUAUGUGGGGAUUUACAAUCGCUUGCAUUGUUUCACAAAAUAAAUAUCUUCAUGUCAAAUA